ACACAGAGGUAACACACUGGUGCUCUCUGAAUGGCUGGUUCUCUACUGAAGCACAAGAUCUACACUGACACACAAUGCAACAACGAGGAGUUCCGAAAUCGGAACCUGUGGCCAAGGCCUUUAGCUCGAAAAUGGACCUUCAUGCUGUUUGUUGGCACCUGCCUCCUCUACUGUGCCAGGACAACCAUGCCAAUCUGUGCCGUCACCAUGGCAGCCACGUUUCACUGGAGUAAAAUCGAUUCCGGACUGGUCUUGGGUGGAUUCUACUGGGGUUACUGUUUCACACAGAUCCUGGGGGGCUAUGCCAGUGACAAAUUGGGAGGAGAACGAGUGCUGUUCAUCUCUACAACCUUGUGGGCUCUCACCACGUGUGCGACGCCUCUUCUCGCCGAGCUCAGUAGUCACACUUUCGCCCUCAUGAUUAUGGCCAGAUCCCUAAUGGGGGUAUUACAAGGUGUGUUCUUUCCAUCUUUGGCUAGCCUUUGCUCGCAGCGAGUAGUGGAAGGGGAGCGAGGCUUUUUAAUGAGCACCAUGCACAGCGGGUGUUACCUUGGAACGCUGUUGGCCGGGGGGAUGGGAUCCAUUAUGCUGGACUCGUACAGCUGGAAAAGCAUGUUUUACUGUACUGGGUUCCUGUCCAUACUGUGGUCGCUCCUCGUUUGGCAGUGUUUUUUAAGAGGUGAUGUCACCCCCGCACCUCUGGAGAUGAGUUCUUCCUCAGCGUGGACAUGGUCGCGUUUGCUGAGUCUGCUCAAGAAGCCGCCUGUCUGGUCCAUGGUCUUUGCUCAUAUGUGCAUUGCCUGCACCUCCAACACAUUAAUGUCAUGGUUGCCAACAUACUUCAAAGAAUCCUUUCCACAUGCCACGGGCUGGACAUACAAUUUGAUUCCGUGGCUUACUGCAAUCCCAUCAGCACUCAGUGGAGGAUACGUUUCGGAUUUUCUCGUCAAACAAGGAUAUAGUAUAUCGGCGAUGAGAAAGAUAAUGCAGUUUUUUGCCAUGGGUGCAUCCAGUCUGUUUAUUAUGGUCCUGUGUGGAGGGAUGUUUACCUCAUUCAACUCUGCACUGGCUUUUCUUUCUAUUGCAGUGGGUUUAACGACCUUCACCAGCUGUGGUGUCUCUGUGAAUGUACAGGACCUCGCGCCAUCAUGUGCUGGCGCCCUCUAUGGUUUUAUGAACAUGUUGGGUGCUUUCAUGGGACUGGUGGUGGUGGCUUUGUCAGGAUACCUGAUCGAGGUCACUCAGUCGUGGGCCUCAGUUUUCUCCCUCAUCGGUUUAAUAAAUGUCACAGGUCUUGGGAUCUUCCUCGUAUUUGGAGACGCUCACCGCGUUGAUCUGGAAGUUUAGUGUCAGGUUACUGUGACCCAGAGUUCUGUCUCUGUCAAAUCUGCGAAACCUGGGCUGUACAUUAUACAGACUUGUUCAUCACUUUGUUUAUCAAGAAUCCCUGGAGUUUGGUUUGCUAUUUAUUUAUUUGAACAUUGAACAAACACCAUUUUUUCUGCUGCACAAAACUUUGAGGAAAGUGAUUUCUGCUCCUGAAAAUGAAGGAAGUGGAUAGAACUGCCACAGUAGUUCUGUUGUGUUUACUGUAAGUCAGUCUUCUGCAUAGAAACGGAUUUAUACAAAUUGACUGUAUGAAUAUUUAAUGCAUGUACAGCGUUUGGUUUACAUAAUAAAAAUUUAAAU